CAGACAACAAGAAUCAAGUUCACGUUGACCGUCACUGAUAACUUGCUUGCCAGACAUGUAAAGAUGGCUUUUGUUUGGUUUCUCGUACUCUUUUUCUGUAUUGGGCUCUCAGGCUCAGUGCCUUUUAAGUUCGUCGACAGGGAUGAACAACAGUUUAUCGAUCAUCUUCUGUUAGAUCCACAUAGUUCCGAGGUCGAGAAGCACAGCCCACAUAACAUAGGCAAGGAACUAGAUGAAGUCGAACAAGAGAAAUUUUUACUCGACAAACGGCAAGCACAUCUCUCUCAGAACAGCAAACAGUUUCAUAUGAUCAAAAAAGCUGCUGCGGCAGUUGUAAAACGGUUAUCGAUGCCAUCGCCACCAAAGACCGAUUCCUUGAUUGAACAAGCUGUGCACUUGGUGUUUAAGAAGUCUUCGCCCGUAGAGUAUGCAAAGAUCAGAUCAGCGAUCAAGGAGCAAGUCGAAAAGAUGAUUUUAUCGAAUGAGAACAAAGGCCAAGUGCCCAAGUCGAAAGCUUCUGGCCUAAGAGAGGAAAAGAUACUUGAAGUUCUUGAAGAAAUUCUUAGCGAACUGGCAGCUCAGCUGAACUUGACGACACCACAAGUCAAGUUCUUAGUCAACAAGACAGUGAAUAUCCUCUCGAAGAGUUUUGGUCUUAAACCAUGGCAGAACCACGAGCUCCACGAACGCGUCACGUCACACGUCAGAGCGAAACUAAAAUACGAAGACUGGGACAAUAAAGACGGACGAUUAAGAAGACUUGAGGAGAACAUAGAAAAAGAAAUCAAUUUCUUGAAACUCACGGACAAGCAGGCCAGACGACUUGAGGCAUUCAUGGUACAAGAAGAAGCUGCCGAAGAAGGUCUCUCCAAGGAGGAGAGACUGCGCAUGCUCAAGCGUGUGAUUGCCGACAUAAAAGAUGAUUUCAAAACCGAAAAACUCGAACAAGAAAGUGGCCCUCCUAAACUAUCUUCGGUUAAUAUUAUUAAUAUUAAUAACCUUAUAAGACAGAAAGCUUUGGAAAUGCAGCUAACGAAAAAGGAGCUUAAAGUUCUUGGUGUGGCAAUCUUGACCGCAAUAGGGGACUUGACUUUGCAUACCAAUCCAACUCAAACUUCCACCACCCAGAAACCUCAUUCAYCAAAAGUGACGCCAACUGAUGACAACGAUCUUGAAGAAGAACUCGAAGGAACAAAGCCACCAGAACAUGGCGRUUCACCAARGCAAAAACGGACAACCCAGAAACAUACCAAUCAAGUUAAAACGCAUACUACAAAAAAAGCUGUAGCUAGUACUAGGACUCCUACUACUGAAUCUACUGAGCCUACUGYAACUACUGAAUUACCRACRGAACGUGAAAAGACUAGAGAAACAGAAGACAACCUUGUGGAAAUGCUGGCCAAAGAUGAGGCUGACCUAGAAGAGGAAGAGUUUCGGCCAAAAGACAAAGAAGAAAAAGCACAACCGAAAGACGAAUUAGAGCUGGAACUUGAGGAGAAGCCCCACCAUGAUAAAAUAUCAAGCAAAGCCCCUCAUGUAACUYAGGCAAUUACCUCAAGCACUGAAAAAAUUCGAAUAAAGACUGAAAGAACGACUUAUGAACCUACUGAGCCUACCAGGACGUCAGAACCAAAUACKCCAGAGAAAGAAGUCACCCAUUCUCGUCAUACAACUGAACAUACAGGCAAAGAAAUUGAUGAGGAACUUUUGGAAGGUUCUACUAAAAAGCCUACUGAUUAUCAUACAAGUGAAGUCACAGAGCACSUGAUGAAGACAUCGCCUGUAGUCAKACACUCAGUASCUGCAACUAAAGACAAGAAACUAGAAGAAGACCUUUUAGAGGAACGCGUGACGGAAUCUACWGAAAGUCCAAUUUCYACUCUUAAAGUAACGCAACKUACUACGGAAAAGCUYAUGAAAAGUACGCCUAAAUCUGUGAAAACUGAGCAGGAAAAGAAACCGAUUACAAAAAAGACACAUCCUGCACCGUCUACCAAAAAUGUUAAUGAAAAACUGGAGGAAGAUCUUUUGGAAGAUCGUGUAACAAAUUCAAGUCCCAAAACCUCUGUAACACAUUCCCCAACUGAGUAUGUCGGUAAAUCAACCAGAGACCCUGGCGAGGAGUCAAAUGAAAUUCCAAGAAAAAYGGUMCARAGUCGAAGACACAGAGUUAAYGUAAUGGAAAYUGAAGCGGAGCUGGAAGACWUYGGCUUGAAGAAGGGUAAGAGAGAAGACAAAUCUCUUGAAGAUGARCUUCUUUUAGAAAAACCUGCAACUAAGAACAAAUCCUUGGAAGACGAGCUCGCUGAUGCACUCUCGCAGAAGGAAGCCAAGAGUAAUGCACAUGAUUUGGAAAAUGAGCUCAAAGAUUUGGGUGAAGAAUAGAAUGGAAGAUCGCCUUUGCUCUCCAUUACYUCAGGAUAUAUCAAGAUAUAGUAUUAUAUUAGUCAGACCCUAGAAACCUGGUACCUAGAGGUCCAUGAAAUAUUAUCAAGUUACCGUUUGAAUUACCAAUCUCAYUAAAGUUCCAUAGAUAGCGAUUUAUAUUCAUAUCAUGAAUACUAUAGAGUAUAGUUUAUAUAAACCAUUGUAUACACAAUAAUAGUACAUAUUUUUUAGCGCACUUGAUUUGCUGUCCGUCCAAUUUGAGGAAACACAUCUAAACGCCUCAAAUGAAAAGUGAUUUGAAUAAAUGUUUUCAGAACUUUGUUUUUUUACCUAUAUAUUUGAUUAAGAGAGACAAACAGUCUCAUUUUAUCAUUCAAUAUCGAUUUAUUGAAUCUCGAAAUAAAAUAUUAAACAAAAAUAUAA